AUGGACCUUCUCACACCAUCUAUAAUAAUAACAAACUGUAUGGACCCUCUCACACACCUUACACCAUCUGUAAUAAUAACACACUGCAUGGACCACCUUACACCAUCUGUAAUAAUAACACACUGUAUGGACCUUCUCUCACCAUCUGUAAUAAUAACACUGUAUGGACCUUCUCACACCAUCUGUGAUGAUAACACACUGUAUGGACCUUCUCUCACCAUCUGUAAUAAUAGUAACACACUGUAUGGACCUUCUCACACCAUCUGUAAUAACACACUGUAUGAACCUUCUCAUACCAUCUGUAAUAAUAACAAACUGUAUGGACCUUCUCACACCAUCUGUAAUAAUAACAACACACUGUAUGGACCUUCUCACACCAUCUGUAAUAAUAACACACUGUAUGAAUCUUCUCACACCAUCUGUAAUAAUAACACACUGUAUGGACCUUCUCACACCAUCUGUAAUAAUAACAACAACACACUGUAUGGAUCUUUUCACACCAUCUGUAAUAAUAACACACUGUAUGGACCUUCUCUCACUAUCUGUAAUAAUAACACUGUAUGGACCUUCUCUCACCAUCUGUAA